CCCAAAGCCAAAGAAGAAAACCUUGCAGACCAAGAACCUGAAACUCAAGAAGAAAAACCCCAAGAAGAGAACCAGGAUGUUAAGAAUUUAAUUUCAGAGCUUCAACAACGAAUUGAGGUGCUUGAAAAAGAGAACAACGUCAUGAAAGUUGAAAUUGAAGAUAGGGACAAAAAGAUCCAAGAAAGGGAUCUGCUGAUUGUUGAGUUACACCAAAAUGUAGAAUCCCUUCAAAAUGAGCUUUCAGAGUAUGGAAAACAAAGUGCAGAUUAUACAAAUAUUGAAAAAGAAACUUGUAGUUUGCAUUUUGAGGUGGAGACGUUGAAGGAAAACGUAAUCGAAAAUUAGGUUGAAAUAGGCGGACUGUAUGUUGAAAAGGACAUAGCAGAAGAAAAAAUUGAAAAGAUGACAGAAGAGUUGCACGACAUGGCAGCACAUUGUGUUUCCCAACAUUACAAAGAUCAGAAGAUAAUUGAAGAGUUGGAGAAACAAAGCAAGAAUGUGCAUCAUCAUGAAUCUCCAAUUCAUGAUAAAGAGGCCACUAAGAAAGAAAUAGACCAAACGAUCAAGUCCAUAAACUCAAGCAUUGAAGCAGAACCACAACAAACAACGAAGAAAAGAUUGAGGAAAGGUCAUACUGUGGACCCAUCGUCGUUGACAAAGAGAAUGAAUAUGAGGGAAGAUAGGAAAGAGAAGAACAUGCAGGAUUUUCAAGUAUAUGGGAAGAAGAAAAGCAAAGAGAAACCAGCUCCAGAACUACAAUAUAUGGGUGUUGAAAGAACAAAACUGGCACAUCUCGUCUCAGAAAAUGACAAAAUCUUUUUAAAUUACAUAUUUGAGUGUGAGAAAGACAUCGGAAUCCCUAUCUGGGAUAACAACCUCUCCAAUGGUACGGUAAGCUUGCAAGAAGCCAUAGAAAUCUUGAAUGAAGAAGAUGUACAAAACACGCUCAUCGAUUCUUUUACAUUCAUGUUGGAAAGAGAGCAAGAAGAUGAAAGUAAAAUUCUAUUUUUCAAAUCCAUAUUGUGGAGUCUACUAAAGGACAAGAAAAAUGAGGUCAAAAAGAUGUUCCUUGAUGACAAGCUGGUAAAACUCAUUCAAAAAGAGCAUGUCUAUCGCUACUUGGUUUUCCCAAUGAAUUCCUCAGGAGGUAAUAAAGAGAACGAGAACAAUCCAAACCAUUGGACUGUCCUGGUUUUUGACAUUGAGGAUGGACAAUGGAGGCAUUACAACUCCAUCAGACCAACUGAAAGAAAUGCAGAUGCAUACCUUACAGAUGCUCGUUUAAUGAAAAGGUACGUUGAAGGGUUUGUGAAGAAAAAUCAUACCCCAACAUUCAUACUCUCAUCACAAAACGAAACAAUCUUUCAAAAGCAAAAGUUUGAUGCUCCAAUAAUCUCACCCGCAUCUCCGCAACAAAGACCUGGAACGUAAGUCAAUUAAUCUUGUUCAACAUCUUAUUUCGAUACUCCUGUGCACUGUAUU